CCUCGGUCGUUUGUUUAUAUGUAUAUCUCCUGCCAGUUCUCGUCUCGCCCCGUGACCCUUAAGAGUGACUUCUCGUGUGAAGACAGUGAGGUUAACUGCGGAAGGAGAGGGGUGGGGGUAUCGAGAAGUGACAAGAAAGAAACCGGACCGAGGAGAGCUCGAGGGGAGAGCAGCGGAUUUAACGAUCGCGAGGAUCGAGAAGAGAGGACUAGAGAAUUCGGCGUUUCGUUGAGAGAGAAGGGUGGAGAAGCCCGUUCUUGCAACGGUGGAACGAUCUACGUUUACACGCUUCGUGAAACGGUGACACGGAGGGGGUUUUACAUGCGUCAUCGUCGUGCGGGUACAAAUCGCACGCGACGAAACGUUUCGACGGCAGUACACGUGCGUGACGACGCGCUCGAUCGGUCCUGCGGAACACGGGGCUUAGAUCCUCUUUCAAGGACGCACAGUGAUAAAUGCGGUGCCGGAGAUGACGCCCUCCGCGUUCUCCAAAAUGGUCACCCGGCUGGUCCUGGUGUGCCUCGUCGUCGCGUGCCACGGUGUACCGGUUACAGAGGAACCCGAUGAAACGGCCACGGUCAAAACAGUUGGUACCAAUUCGACGGUCGUCGUCGAUCCUGAAAUUCAGGGUCACUCGAUGGACGACAUACUUCCUGGAACGAAGGCACCGCCGUCAAAUCCAGUGACAUUCGUGGAUGUUCCGGUCCACACGGAAACGGAACUCGGCUCGUCGGUGCUGCUGGCGUGCAGAACCGCCAAUCCUGUGGCCGAGUGCCAAUGGUCCUGGCAGCCAUUGCCGCCUGUUCAUCUGCCGCUUCCGGACAUCAGUGAAAACCCAGCAACUUCGACGUCCACCACAGUCUCGGUGAUUCAGACGACAACCGCGCCGACUACCAAUCCGUUGCCGGUACGACUGUUUCCUGCCUUCGGGAACAAUAGCAACGACUGUUCCGUAAGAUUCUCGAGUACGAAGCACGAGCAGACCGGAUACUGGACCUGCGCCGCGAGAACUUCCACGAACGAUCCUUUCACCAGUACGGAACCUGCUAAGCUGAGCAUCGUCAAUGAGAAUAAGGGUCUUCUGGUCGCGUUUGCAAAACACGAUAGCGUCGUUGAGGUGCCAGCGGGAUCAUCGGCGCAAAUAAUGUGCCAGCUGAGGUCGCCUGUUCGCGAGUGUCAAUGGUCAUGGCGGCAGCUGAACCAAUCGCAGCCCUGGAACCUCGAGGUGAAGCGAUUCCCAGCUUUCGGGAACGACACCACGGACUGCAGCAUUAAAUUUAAAAACGUAUUGCCAGAGCAAGAAGGCUAUUGGACCUGCGGCGCCAGAAUCGACCCCAACUCCUCGUUCACGCAGUCGAAUCCCAUUCGGUUUCUGAUAUCGGAAGUCGAGUUCGUACAAUUGUCCAGAGGCAUUCAAGUGGCGCCCGGAGAAUCCGUGCUGCUCAGAUGCCUGGUGAACAAACCGGUGGUUCAGUGCGAAUGGUCCUGGAGGUCCUCGAACUCCAGCCAGGAGCCAUUGUUGGUAAAGAAGUUUAAUCCGAACAAAGACGCCGACCACGACUGUUCGGUGCGAUUCAAGAAUAUUUUGUACGAAGAGGAAGGCCUGUGGACGUGCGGCGUUCGAUUAUCGCCGGAAGGAAUUCUUCACGAGGCACCUCCUGCAACCGUCAGUCUCUUGCCCACAGCCAAAGUCAGCAUCGUUGAAACGCCGACGGACACUUCCGUGCCAGUCGGUACCGAGGCCACGUUGAAAUGUAUAACGAGCAGCCGCGUGGAGAAAUGUACGUGGACGUGGAAACCGUUUCACGGAAACGAUCCAGAAGUCGUUGCUCAGGAAUUCCCAAGCAACGGUGACCUUGGCAGAGAUUGUUCCCUCACUCUCUCGCGCGUGUACGCCGAAAAACAGGGUCAGUGGGCCUGCCAGGUGUCGAUUAGCUCCCUCAACACGGUGCAGACCUCUCCCUACGCCAAGCUGACCGUCUUCGAACAAGACGAGGUGAAGUUCUCGGAGCUGUCGCAGGACUUCCAAAUCGCAUCCGGUGCGACCGUUCUCCUUCGAUGCGUGACCUCCUCGGCCGUGGAGCAGUGUCGAUGGUCCCUGACCCCGGUGAACUCGAACACCACGGUGGUGGUGAAGCAGUUUCCAGCAGCCGGAAGCGAGGCCAGGGACUGCAGCGUCAGGCUGAGCUACGCGCUCGCGGAACAGGAAGGACUCUGGACCUGCGGCGCCAGGAUACGCGGUAAACAGAACUACACGGACGCUCCGCCGGCCAAGCUCAGCCUCCUGGAACCAGAAUCAGUGACUAUGGCACUGUGGGCUACGCCCCACCAAAUGGUUACGCUAGCGUGUAAAGUGGAAACUGUAUUAUCGGAAGUGCAAUGCCACUGGUUCCAUGCGUCGAAGAUCCAUGUUUAUCAAAAUAUGACCGGCAACAAAAGGCAUAAUAUACAGAUGGACUAUGGUACGGGGAUAUGUACGUUACAAUUCAAACCCGAUCAUUCAGAUUUAGGACAAUGGACGUGUAAAUUCAUCGUCGCCAACGGAUACGUUGACGAAGAACUGGGAAGUGCGACUCUCGUUCUAUUGAAUAGCUUAGGCGACGAGAAGCUGGGAUGGAUAGUAGGCGCUUUGACGGCUAUGAUUUUGUUCCUGAUGAUUAUUGUAGUUGUUUUGGUAGUUUGCAAGGCGCGUCUGUUUGUCAGAAAGUCGUCACGAAUUCUGGAAACUGCAAGUCCGUCGGAAAAGAAACAAAAUGCACGGCUAAACGGCAAUCGGUACUCCGAGAAUCCGAGAAAAGCAGAUAUACAAAUUUCUGCACAAGAUAAUCAAAUUGCAUUAAAUAUUGAUAACAUUCUACCUAACAGAAGUCCGCAUUUAUACGAACGGGUAGAAAAAUAUAGGUCGUCGAAAGUAUAUGAAAAUAUUCGAAUGUGA